CAUGUUGAUGUUCUACUGUCUUGUUUUUAGCAACAUAAUUCAGCCUGAACCCUGUUGUGACCUCUAGAGUCCGGGUAUCUUUGUUCCAGUUUACUUAGUAGUUUGAUUGAUAGGUGUGCAUCCACAAGUGUUGUUGCCAGACAUCUGAUCAAAGAUGGUGCUAUUUUUUAAGGCUUCAUAUAUAUCAAGAUGUUCAUAUUGAAGAUAGGUUGGCAUGUACGUGCUAUAACACAGCUUGUUAACGCAGAACACCAUGGACUCACGGAUAUAAUAGCACUAAAGUGAAAUUCCCACAUGAGAUGCUUGUAGAAGGUUACGCAAUGCAUCUAUGUAAAUGUGAGGCAUCACAAAUGCUGAAAACUGUUCAUUUCUGUGGCACAGACAUUAUAAUACUCUUUAAGUGCUGAAACUUGGCAAAAUGUUAGGCUGUCAAUGUUCUGUUGGCACAAUUCUUCAACCAUGGUGGUUUAUUCUUUGGUUGGCUUUUUGCCCAAAUAGUAAACUGACCAGACUAGUCUCAUAAAACGUUCAGAGCUUCACAAUAUACUUGUACAUGGUUGUACAACUCGACUGCAAGGACUCAACUAACUACGUCUUUUGCAACUCUACAUAAUCCCAUAUAAAAGCCUUAAAAUCACCUUCAUAUGAUGCUACAACAUGACAAGAUGUGGAAACAUUCCAUUUUAAAGAUAAUCAUGAGACAGAAGUCGUUAUGUCUUUGCAAACAGUUUGAUUCAUCAGAACGAAAAUGGUUUGCAAUGGUAGUUUUAUUCUGAUUUCAAAUGCAAUCGUCGACUCUGAACCGGAUGCAUUGAUAGUAGGCAGGUAUCUUUGAGAUGGUUCAUAUUGAUGUCUCUGGUACUCGUACUUAAUUCGAACAACUUUAGAUUUUCUGCCUUGCUAAUUUCCAAAUGAGGUUAUUUGUUUUUAAGCAACUUCAGCUAAAUGUUUGAGUUUUACCAGUAGCUAUGGCCCAACACAUUCACCAGCAACUUAAAUUUUCAAACAUUUGCUCCACUAGUUAGAGCCACCUCUGGUCUGUCAAUGACGUUUAGAAAAAUUGUAUGAUGACGUCUAAGUUUAAAAGAAUUGCGUGAUGGUGUAUCUAGGUUUAAUGAAAAUUCCGGAACACUCGAGUGCAUGCUUGCCAAACUUUCAUUGCAGAUGUCAGCCAAAACAUCGCCGGCGACAACUGACCUUCAGCACAACGUCACCAUCCGGACGACAGAGAUGCACACGAGCGGGGAACCGGUGCGAAUCAUCGAUUCGGGUUUCCCUCAGCCAAACGGUUCUACCCUGCUGGAAAAACGCAAUUACAUUCGCCAACAUCUGGACAGCUAUCGGAAGUUCAUCAUGUUUGAGCCGAGGGGUCACUAUGACAUGUACGGCGCGCUGCUUGUAAAACCGGAGAUUGCCGAGGCCGACAUCGGCGUCAUCUUCAUGCACAACGAAGGUUACAGCACCAUGUGCGGGCACGCCGUCAUUGCCCUGGGCAGGUACGCCGUAGACAAGGGACUAGUGGCUGCCAGGACGUGUCCGGAGACGAAGGUCGCCAUACAGUGUCCGUGCGGUCUCGUGCAGGUCUUCGUGCAGUUUGACGGCAACAAGACGGGUUCCGUCAGGUUCCACAGCGUCCCGGCGUUUGUCUUCAAAACUGACGUCGCGGUUGGUGUAGAAGGUUUCGGCGAAGUGAAAGUUGACAUCAGCUAUGGUGGCGCCUUCUACGCGUUUGUAGCGGCUGAGAAACUGGGCUUGAAUCUGGAAACAGCCUGCAUAAGAGAUGUGGUAGACGCUGCUGAUGCCGUUACUGCUGCUGUGAAGAGCCAGGUUGAAAUCUCCCACCCGGCGAGCAGCGAGCUCGCCUUUUUGUACGGAACGAUCGUGACGGACGGACGGGACGACUUCUCGGAGGACGCCACGACCAACGUGUGUGUGUUUGCUGACAGGCAGGUGGGUGCAGUGCUAGAGACUAUUAGAGAAUCUUAUAUACAUGUAGAAUGUAAACACUGAACAUUCAUUCAAGACUUUCUUUGUACGGAACGAUCGUGACGGACGGACGGGACGACUUCUCGGAGGACGCCACGACCAACGUGUGUGUGUUUGCUGACAGGCAGGUGGGUGCAGUGCUAGAGACUAUUAGAGAAUCUUAUAUACAUGUAGAAUGUAAACACUGAACAUUCAUUCAAGACUUUCUUUGUACGGAACGAUCGUGACGGACGGACGGGACGACUUCUCGGAGGACGCCACGACCAACGUGUGUGUGUUUGCUGACAGGCAGGUGGGUGCAGUGCUAGAGACUAUUAGAGAAUCUUAUAUACAUGUAGAAUGUAAACACUGAACAUUCAUUCAAGACUUUCUUUGUACGGAACGAUCGUGACGGACGGACGGGACGACUUCUCGGAGGACGCCACGACCAACGUGUGUGUGUUUGCUGACAGGCAGGUGGGUGCAGUGCUAGAGACUAUUAGAGAAUCUUAUAUACAUGUAGAAUGUAAACACUGAACAUUCAUUCAAGACUUUCUUUGUACGGAACGAUCGUGACGGACGGACGGGACGACUUCUCGGAGGACGCCACGACCAACGUGUGUGUGUUUGCUGACAGGCAGGUGGGUGCAGUGCUAGAGACUAUUAGAGAAUCUUAUAUACAUGUAGAAUGUAAACACUGAACAUUCAUUCAAGACUUUCUUUGUACGGAACGAUCGUGACGGACGGACGGGACGACUUCUCGGAGGACGCCACGACCAACGUGUGUGUGUUUGCUGACAGGCAGGUGGGUGCAGUGCUAGAGACUAUUAGAGAAUCUUAUAUACAUGUAGAAUGUAAACACUGAACAUUCAUUCAAGACUUUCUUUGUACGGAACGAUCGUGACGGACGGACGGGACGACUUCUCGGAGGACGCCACGACCAACGUGUGUGUGUUUGCUGACAGGCAGGUGGGUGCAGUGCUAGAGACUAUUAGAGAAUCUUAUAUACAUGUAGAAUGUAAACACUGAACAUUCAUUCAAGACUUUCUUUGUACGGAACGAUCGUGACGGACGGACGGGACGACUUCUCGGAGGACGCCACGACCAACGUGUGUGUGUUUGCUGACAGGCAGGUGGGUGCAGUGCUAGAGACUAUUAGAGAAUCUUAUAUACAUGUAGAAUGUAAACACUGAACAUUCAUUCAAGACUUUCUUUGUACGGAACGAUCGUGACGGACGGACGGGACGACUUCUCGGAGGACGCCACGACCAACGUGUGUGUGUUUGCUGACAGGCAGGUGGGUGCAGUGCUAGAGACUAUUAGAGAAUCUUAUAUACAUGUAGAAUGUAAACACUGAACAUUCAUUCAAGACUUUCUUUGUACGGAACGAUCGUGACGGACGGACGGGACGACUUCUCGGAGGACGCCACGACCAACGUGUGUGUGUUUGCUGACAGGCAGGUGGGUGCAGUGCUAGAGACUAUUAGAGAAUCUUAUAUACAUGUAGAAUGUAAACACUGAACAUUCAUUCAAGACUUUCUUUGUACGGAACGAUCGUGACGGACGGACGGGACGACUUCUCGGAGGACGCCACGACCAACGUGUGUGUGUUUGCUGACAGGCAGGUGGGUGCAGUGCUAGAGACUAUUAGAGAAUCUUAUAUACAUGUAGAAUGUAAACACUGAACAUUCAUUCAAGACUUUCUUUGUACGGAACGAUCGUGACGGACGGACGGGACGACUUCUCGGAGGACGCCACGACCAACGUGUGUGUGUUUGCUGACAGGCAGGUGGGUGCAGUGCUAGAGACUAUUAGAGAAUCUUAUAUACAUGUAGAAUGUAAACACUGAACAUUCAUUCAAGACUUUCUUUGUACGGAACGAUCGUGACGGACGGACGGGACGACUUCUCGGAGGACGCCACGACCAACGUGUGUGUGUUUGCUGACAGGCAGGUGGGUGCAGUGCUAGAGACUAUUAGAGAAUCUUAUAUACAUGUAGAAUGUAAACACUGAACAUUCAUUCAAGACUUUCUUUGUACGGAACGAUCGUGACGGACGGACGGGACGACUUCUCGGAGGACGCCACGACCAACGUGUGUGUGUUUGCUGACAGGCAGGUGGGUGCAGUGCUAGAGACUAUUAGAGAAUCUUAUAUACAUGUAGAAUGUAAACACUGAACAUUCAUUCAAGACUUUCUUUGUACGGAACGAUCGUGACGGACGGACGGGACGACUUCUCGGAGGACGCCACGACCAACGUGUGUGUGUUUGCUGACAGGCAGGUGGGUGCAGUGCUAGAGACUAUUAGAGAAUCUUAUAUACAUGUAGAAUGUAAACACUGAACAUUCAUUCAAGACUUUCUUUGUACGGAACGAUCGUGACGGACGGACGGGACGACUUCUCGGAGGACGCCACGACCAACGUGUGUGUGUUUGCUGACAGGCAGGUGGGUGCAGUGCUAGAGACUAUUAGAGAAUCUUAUAUACAUGUAGAAUGUAAACACUGAACAUUCAUUCAAGACUUUCUUUGUACGGAACGAUCGUGACGGACGGACGGGACGACUUCUCGGAGGACGCCACGACCAACGUGUGUGUGUUUGCUGACAGGCAGGUGGGUGCAGUGCUAGAGACUAUUAGAGAAUCUUAUAUACAUGUAGAAUGUAAACACUGAACAUUCAUUCAAGACUUUCUUUGUACGGAACGAUCGUGACGGACGGACGGGACGACUUCUCGGAGGACGCCACGACCAACGUGUGUGUGUUUGCUGACAGGCAGGUGGGUGCAGUGCUAGAGACUAUUAGAGAAUCUUAUAUACAUGUAGAAUGUAAACACUGAACAUUCAUUCAAGACUU